CAUCGCCCGGGCAUCGGCUCUGCGCGCCCGCCGCGGCUGCUUGGCCAAACCUCCGGGAUGGCGAAGCUGGGAAUCGCCCCGCGCAGUAACAGCCUCACCUUGCCCGAAAUCAGCUGCAUCCCUGACAUGUCUGGAAAAAACAGAAAGAGCAAAAAGAAGGUGUCAGAGCAGAAAAAGUCCUACAGCCUGGAGGAAUUUGUGGCCGAGGGGCUCCGAAACAAACACCGUGCACGUUUGACUCGAUCUAAAACGUAUGAUGCGUCUGUCUCCAAAGAGGCUGAGAGGGACUCUGUUUCUGUCCAGGGCAGGACCUCUGUCUCUGAUCUGAUGAAGCAUGCCAUGAAUUUCCGCCGUGUCUUUAAAGAUCUCUCUGAAGAGGGGGAACUCGUAGAAACAUUUUCGUGUGCCUGGCAACGGGAGAUGCCUUAUUAUGGCCGCCUGUACAUCUCUUGCUGUCAUCUCUGCUUCUACUGUAGCAUGCUUCGACGGGAAGUUAAGGUUAUCAUUCCAGUGCCAAACAUCAGUGUCCUAAAGAAGGCCAACACAGUCUUGUUGGUACCCAACGCCAUCUGCAUCCGUACAACUGAAGGAAAGAAGUUUGUGUUUGGAUCCAUCCGGUCACGGGAAAGUGCCUACCAGCUCCUGCGCUCUGUUUGUAAACACCUCCAGGACAGCAGUCAGAGCAGCAGUCCAGUUACACCUUCCAUCAGCUCAGAGCAUCUUCUGAAGGUACCCCUGGUGAGCAUUUCUAUCUCUAAGGAAUCAGUUGCAAAUCACAAUUUUCCAGAGAAAACAGAUAUGGCAGACAGGAUCCAGAUACCAGAUGAAGCACCUUGCAAGCAGCAACAGCAAGUGGCAACACAGCAAAAGGCAGAGCAGACUACGAAGUCAUUAAGAAGCUGGAGGACUCAGCUCUGCCAUCUCAACACUAUAAUUAUUAUCUACCUCUUCUUGGUUGUUCUCUUACUUUGUUCUUCGGGCUACAUUGGUCUGCGUAUUAUCCAGCUGGAAGAACAACUGACUUCCAUGCAGUCAUGGCCUGAAUUGGACCUCCAGCAUCAGUAUAAGGCAAGCUGAAAAAUAACUGCAUUCCAGGCACCUAUACAAGGCGAUGCUGAACUCAAACCUUGUGUGACUGUCUUUGUUCUGGCUGAUCAGAAGUUAAAGGAAGUACAGUAGUUUCCUUAGCCAUUGAUCGUCAAGCUCAGCCAUGCAUUUACGACAUCAGUUCCAUUUGAGGUCAUUUUCUAAAAACUUAUCUGCAAAUAGAGGGUUUUCUUCCCCCAAGAAGUAGAGAAUAUAGAAAGAUGUCCUUAAAAAGAAGUCUGAGACAAAAGACUCUCACGCCAUGGAUCUACAGCGUGCCUUGAAAAGCCAAAACCUAGAAACUUUUUUACUCCUAACCUUUCCCUACAAAAGAAGGUAAAGGUGACGUACCUCUCUUUUAAGGGGAUUAUGUGAAAAACCUAUUUUAUCUUCUUCCUUUGUUUUUUUUUAAGGGCAGGGAAGGUAUUUAUCACCUUGCACAUAUGUAGUAUUUUUGUAAAUAGCAUGUGGGGAUGGUUUAAGUGGGUUAUGCCUCCCCCAACAGUUUCAGCAUCAACUCUACCUCCAAAGUUCAUAAUGAGAAUAUUGGGGUUAUAUUAUUUUUUAAACAAACUUAGAGCAAUCAUGGAACCUCCAUGUUCAAACAUGAUCUACCACAAAGCAGAAACUGUUGGAGGUGAGCAGGGAAAGGGCUGGUACCGUCAGACCCUGCUUGAGGACCAGGAGCAUUUCAGAUGGAGCAGAAUGGGAAGAAUGCUUGUGUUCAUGAUGUUCAGAGUUCCAGAUUUGAAAUGGUUGAAAAUUUGUUGAAGACUGUUUUAAAACACCAAGAGUUUUCCCCUCUCCCCUUCCCCACACCAGUAUUUUCAGGGACAAGUUGGAUUUUGACUCAUGACAGAUAUCUUAUUUUUUAAAAGAUCAGCAGCUUGGGCAUAAAUUAAAUCCAGUUAUUUAUCAUGCAAAGUAGCAUUUCUCUUUUAUUAAACUUGCUGGAAUACA